AUGACGGAUCCAGUUUCAAAGCCAGGAGUUCCACCGGGAAUCAAUCCACCCGGUCAGCACAAUGGGCAGCAGCAGCCCCCGUUCGUACAACAGCAACAGUCCGGAAUGCAGCAGCAGACCCAACAGCAACGAACGGAUGCUAUCAUCAUGCAAAUUUUGCAGCAACUCCAACAACAACAGGUCGUCACAAAUCAACUCCUUCAGCAGCAGCAACAGUCCGCACAGCAGCAACACGGGUUCAUGCAGCAGCAGGGAACUCUGUUCCGCAAUGCCUUAUCGGCAAUCCAGGUGACCGUACCUCCCAAUCCGGAGGUGAUUCUGGACUCGUUGGCCGGAAAUAUCCGGGAGUUUCAGUACGAUCCAGAAAACCAAAUUACUUUCGCUACAUUGUAUGCCAGAUACGAGGAUCUUUUUGCGAAAGACGCUAAAAGGAUCGACGAUGAAGCAAAAGUGCGAUUACUUCUCAGACGGCUGGGGACAAACGAGCACUAUAGAAAGCGAUCUAGAGAACGUUCGAAGCCGUCAUCAAAGCAGGAAGAGGAGCGCAAGAAGCCAUCAUCGCCGUGCUGGAAUUGUGGUGCGAUGCACUUUUCGAACCACUGCAGUUUCAAAGGUCACAAGUGCGUUGACUGCAAGCAAGUUGGCCACAAGGAGGGUUACUGUGCCAGCGCAAAGCGACCUUCGAAGCCAUCAAAACACCAGUCGCGCCGAUUCUCCACCAAAAGCGUAACAGCAUCGGUUAGCAGCGUCGAGUGUAAGCGUCGAUAUGUGUGGGUCAAAAUCAAUGGCACCCCCGUACGACUGCAGCUUGAUACAGCGUCGGAUAUAACCAUCGUGUCCGAGCAAGUGUGGAACCGUAUCGGCCAACCAGCAGGUGUUCCAGCGACUCAGGCCGCCAAGUCAGCAUCGGGUGAGCAGUUGGAUCUUGUGUGUGAAUUUGUCAGCGACGUCGAAAUCAAUGGCACGACGCACAGCGGGCGAAUUUUCGUGUCAUACCAUCCUCUGAAUCUCCUUGGCAUCGAUCUUAUCGAGAAAUUCCAGCUCUGGUCGUUACCGAUGGACAAUUUUUGCAACUUCGUCGGUGGUGCCAGCAUUAGUAAGGCUUAUCUGCAGAAGGCGCAUCCGAAACUGUUCAGCGAUACUUUUGGGCUUUGCUCCAGAACCAAAGUUCAACUUUCGCUGAAAGAGUCGUGUAAGCCCGUUUUCCGUCCUAAAAGACCGGUUUCGUACGCUAUGCUGCCGACAGUCGACAAAGAACUCGACCGACUAGAGCGUAUGCAGAUCAUUUCACCAGUAGACUAUUCCGAGUGGGCGGCUCCAAUAGUGGUGGUGUGUAAGGCGAGUGGUAACGUUCGCAUCUGUGGGGAUUAUUCGACCGGAUUGAAUGACCGACUCCAGUCACACCAAUAUCCCCUUCCGCUACCGCAAGACAUCAUCGCUAAGCUUUCGAAUUGCACUGUGUUUAGUCAGAUUGACUUAUCGGACGCUUUCCUUCAAAUGGAAGUGGACGAAAGCUGCCGGCAUCUGCUCACCAUUAACACCCAUCGCGGCCUGUAUCAGUACAACAGGUUGCCCCCCGGUGUCAAAGCUGCUCCGGGCGCAUUCCAGCAGCUGAUGGACACAAUGCUGGCAGGUCUUCCGUGUACCACAGGCUACCUGGACGACGUGGUUGUGGGUGGCAAGAAUGCCGCCGAACAUCAGCGUAACCAACAUGCAGUGCUACAGCGGCUCGAGGAAUUCGGAUUCACAAUCCGGCUGGAAAAAUGUUCGUUCGGCAAACAGCAAAUCCGAUAUCUGGGUCAUCUUUUGGAUCGUCAUGGACUCAGACCAGAUCCAGCCAAGAUUCAGGCCAUCAAGAAUCUACCGCCGCCGAAGGACAUCACGGGAGUACGCUCCUUCCUGGGAGCCAUUAAUUACUACGGGAAAUAUGUUCCCAACAUGCGAGCUCUAAGGUUUCCACUAGAUGAGCUCCUGAAAAACACAACGGCGUUCGUAUGGACGCAUGAAUGCCAGCAGGCGUUCAACAAAUUCAAGGAAAUUCUAUCGUCGGAUCUUCUUCUAGCACACUAUGAUCCAAGGCAAGAAAUAGUCGUUUCAGCGGACGCCUCCUCCAUCGGUAUUGGGGCAACAAUCAGCCACAAGUACCCAGAUGGCCACGUGAAAGUGAUUCAGCAUGCAUCCCGAGCGCUUACACAGGUUGAACAGCGCUACUCCCAAAUCGAUCGAGAAGGGUUAGCGAUAAUAUAUGCAGUAACGAACUUUCACAAGUUUAUCUUCGGAAGGCGGUUCCACCUUCAAACCGAUCAUCAGCCACUGCUGAGGAUAUUCGGGUCCAAAAAAGGGAUUCCGGUCUACACAGCCAAUCGACUCCAGCGGUGGGCGCUAUCGCUGCUCUCCUACGAUUUCUCUAUUGAGUAUGCUCAGACCGACAAAUUCGGUAACGCUGACAUAUUGUCCCGCCUCAUCAACCAGCACACCAAGCCUGAUGAAGACGUGAUCAUCGCAUGCACCACUCUGGAGGAAGACUUGAGGUCAGUAGCCAUCGAUAGUAGUAAUCAACUGCCUCUCAGUUUCAGCAUGGUUGAGAAAGCGACGGCGUCCGACCCGUCUCUUCGGAAAGUUCAUCGUUUCAUCCGCGAUGGCUGGCCCAAAUCAAGGUCAGAAAUUAAAGAUCGAGAGUUGGCUCGGUACUACGAUCGUCAAGAAGCUCUGUCAGUCGUUCAAGGCAACAUUAUGUUCGGGGACAGACUGGUAAUUCCGACUAUGUUCCGAAGGCGGUGCCUCAUUCAGCUCCAUAAGGGCCACCCAGGCAUACAACGAAUGAAGGCUAUCAAGGGCUGUAGUCACUACGCAUCCGUAGCGCGGUCCCCACCAAAAGCGGAACCGGAGUCGUGGCAUCCAACAACGGCUCCUUGGCAGCGGGUUCACGCCGAUUACGCGGGCCCUCUGGAUGGAGAAUUCUUCUUACUUGUCAUCGAUGCGCACACCAAGUGGCCGGAGAUAUUUCCAACUAGCAAGACGACAACGAGCGCUACUAUCCGGCUCAUGCGCAAACUGUUCGCCAACAAGGGCAUGCCAGAACUUCUCGUGACCGACAAUGGUUCGCAGUUCAAGAGUGCUCAAUUCGAUGGUUUCUGCUGCAAAAACGGCAUUCGACACACAACAACGGUCCCAUACCAUCCACAGUCGAACGGUCAGGCAGAGAGAUUUGUCGACACGUUCAAGCGGGCCGUGAAAAAAAUUCAGGAGGAAGAAGGCUCGAUCGACGAAGCAUUGGACGUUUUCCUUCUUACCUACCGCACCACACCAAAUCGAAACGUCCCUGGCGGUAAGUCACCGGCAGAAGCGAUGUAUAACAGGCCGCUGCGAACAUCGCUAGACCUUCUACGACCACCGUCAAACCUGGAACCAUCAUCAAACCGUCAGCAGACGUCCAACGCGCGGUCUUUCAGUCCGAAGACUUGCGUGUACGCGAAAAUAUAUGCCAACAACAAAUGGUCAUGGUUCCCUGGGACCGUAGUAGAGCGAAUCGGUUCGGUGAUGUAUAACAUCUGGGUGGACAACCGGAGACUGGUCAGAUCUCACAUUAACCAGCUCAGACAACGAGCUGAAACAGCUACAAAAGUGCAGAAACAAGGCAUACCACUCAACAUCUUGCUCGACGAGUGGAACCUGCCCGUACCAGCAUCUCAAGUUGCGGAGCUUUCGAAAGCGGAAGAGCUUGAACCCUCAAUGUCCACGCUAGUUGCUCCAUCACCUUCUACACCAACUAUUAGACCUGCAACAGUAACAUCCUCUUCGUCAUCAGCGUCGACGGCAUUCGAGUCUGCCGUUGAAAGUUCACCCACAGCUCAGCUACUUUGGCGAUCUUCGCGGACCAGAAGACUGCCGCAAAGGUUUCAGGCGUACCGAAGGUACUAG